AUGGCAGAUACUGAACCUUCACUUGUCAAGCGACUAGAGGGGAACAUUUCUGACCCAGAAAAGGGCUCACGUGUGCAACCUGUCGAAGGACCUCGAGAUGUGCGUGCAGGACAAAACAUCCCCCGAUUAUCUCCAAUGAUGGACGUACCUGUCGAGAAACCAAGACCCGGAACUGCGCUUCCACGAAUGAGUUUGAGCAAGGUUAGACUCUCAAGUGAUGGCCAUUCAAUCAGAAGUUUCCGGCAGCCGCCUCGCAUACCUAGCAUUGUUGUGAAUGAAGCACCUGUGCGCCCAAGCUCGCGACGUUCGGAAAGGAGUCUUAGAUGGGGAAGCCGUCGAAGGAGAAGUAGCGAUGUGCCCUCCCUCCCACCUUUUCCGGUUCUCGAACCAUUCCGCGGAAUAAAACUUGAAAUCCCUUCCGGUUCGCUGGAUGACAUCACGUCGGUAACGAUGGAAGAAGCGUCGCAGCCCCCGACCCCAGAAAAAGGCUCCGAGAAACUGGUCAGCUCCCCGGAUGGAAAUUCGAUUGGCAAUAGUAUCUCGAUUCCGACGCCCUCGAUUACUAGGCGAAUCAGAUCCGCAAAUUCUUUGCGCUGCCACUCGAAAAACAGUUCCAAUAGGCCCAUUUCCGCCGAUGAAGAAAUACUAUCUCAUAAAGUCAGACUAAUGUACGAAAUUGGCGAUGGUGAUAUCGACGAGUCCGAAAUUAGCCAGAUACUGGCCAUGGACGAAAAUGUGCUCUGGGAGGAGCCAUCUUCUGUUGGAGAGGAGGCUGACUUGGCAAGUGGUGCAGAGAAUAGUUCACUUACAGAGCUCGCCAAAACGGCCACCCAUGCGUCAAGGCGCAAUAGUACCAUACAACGUGAGGAGACCGAAUUGGCGGGAGGGAUCGAAGAUUGGAAUAAUGUCAAUAGCGAGGAUGUUGACAGAUACGGAUUUAUUGUUCCUCGGCGGGACACUGGAGAUGGCACCGAUGUGGGUCCCCCACAACCCCUUCAGCGCGUUUCAACGAGUUUGAUGUUGGCGGCUACAUCCCCUCGCAGAAAGCGAACAUUACGGAGAACCCCUUCAGGAGGUGCCAGCGUCAAAUCAUUCUCUGCUCGGUCACUUUCGCGAAAAUCAAUAGAUCAGUCUCACCGACCAACGUCUUCCCAAAGUUCUCGACUACAUUCGUCUAGAUCCACAUCCAAGUUUCGAUAUGCUGCUAAUAAGCUACCUCAUAACAAAAGCCGAAAGCUGUUAGAUGAAGCCGGAGAUAUGCUCACCCUUCCUAACAGUUCGAGCCAAGAUACCCUUCCAGACGAAGACUCGCCCUAUGCUCGUUUUAUUAAAAAGAAGGAAUGGCAGAGAGAAGAAAAAUGGAGAAAGAUGGCAAGACUUACAUCGAAGAGUCAGGAUGGCUCUGGCAUGACAUUUGAAUUCGAUACCACUAGUUCAAAACUCAUCGAGCGAACCUGGAAGGGUAUUCCUGAUAGAUGGAGAGCAACCGCCUGGCAUGCUUUCCUCUCCGCUAGUGCCAGGAAACGGAAGAACAGUCCUACCGACGAAACACUUGUCCUUCGUUUCAAUGAAUUACAAGAUGAGCCAUCUCCUGACGAUCCCCAAAUCGACAUUGACGUUCCACGCACAAUAAGUAGCCACAUUAUGUUUCGUCGACGCUACAGGGGCGGCCAGCGGCUACUGUUUCGUGUUCUUCACGCAAUGUCUCUUUACUUUCCUGAAACUGGCUAUGUUCAAGGAAUGGCAUCUCUUGCUGCAACUUUGCUUGCUUACUACGAUGAGGAGCAUGCGUUUGUUAUGUUAGUAAGACUCUGGGAACUAAGGGGACUGGAUCGUCUCUAUCGGUCUGAGUUUGCUGGUUUAAGAGAAGCGCUAGGAAAUUUUGAGACAGAAUGGCUCGAUGGUGGAGAAGUGGCAGAGAAGUUGAAUGAGCUCGAAAUACCACCUACGACCUAUGGAACGAGAUGGUACUUAACUCUCUUUAACUAUUCGGUACCUUUUCCAGCCCAGCUCCGUGUUUGGGAUGUUUUCAUGCUUCUUGGAGAUUCAGGCGAAAUAAGCCCCUCAGGGCCCGAGACUAGUUCUCACUCUGUUAACGGCACGCUGCCUGAUGGCCAUAAACAGCCUCAAAUUACUGAGGCGCCCCCGUUUGGCCGCAGCCUUGAUGUUUUGCAUGCUACCUCGGCCGCAUUGAUCGAUGGCAUGCGCGAUAUCCUACUUGAAUCCGACUUCGAAAAUGCCAUGAAGGUGCUCACAAGCUGGGUUCCUAUUAAAGAUGUAGAAUUGUUCAUGCGUGUUGCGAAAGCGGAAUGGAAAGUGCACCGCCGAAAGAAAGCUCCAUGA